AUGGGUAGCAGUGUUUUAAUUCUUCAAAAUACUAACACUCCAAGGGUUAGUGGUUUGAACCUGUAUUUUAUUUUCGUGGGCAUGUGCAGUAAACACUGCUAUCGCAGAAAACCACAGUCCGACAAAGAAGUCUUCGGAAGCCCUCCAGAAGUUAUUAAUGUACUGAAAUUUUCGGGCGCCACCAAUACUGACAGCCUUCCUUCUAAUAGUGCAAACAUGGGUGACCAAAAUGUACCAAGAUUCGUCAUUUUUGGGAAACCUUCAACCGGUAAAUCUAGGCUGGCUCAGCGUCUGUGUCAAAUUUGGAACUGCGAACACGUGAACGCUUCUGAACUGAUAUGUCGGAACAUAAGAGAGCAAACACCGAUUGGAAAUAAACUAGUGGAUAUAAUGAUUGACGGAAAAGAUUUGGAAGAUAAAAUUGUUAUCAAACUUAUAUCUGAAAAACUUCAAUCUCCUGAAUGUCACCUCAAGGGUUAUAUUCUGGAUGACUUUCCGACCAACAGCGAACAAGCCUUAUCAAUAACCGAGCAACUAGAUAUGUUGUCGGAACUCCGUCCAGAGAUCAACUGUUAUGUUUACAUCCAUGUACCUGACGAAGAGCAUCGUUCUUGUUGGUCACAGAAGCGCAUUGAUCCCGAGACAGGACUCCUUUACACUCCAGUCCCUUGUGACGGCGAUGAUGAAUGUUUAUCACCACCAUACGGUCCACAAUUUCAAUUGAAUUUUCAACCGUCUUCUAACCAGUCGUUUCAAGAGAGACUCAUAACACGGCACGAGGAGCUGCCUGAAUGUCUUGAUCAACAUUUUGAAUUCAACAGUCAAGUAAUGCGGCCUAUACUGGAUCGGUUCCUAUCCACUCAAUCCAACGUACCUUGUCUUCGAAUUCUCACUCAGUCUGAUGGUUCCGAUUCAUUUGUGAACACAGUUCGGGCACUCUAUAACAUCUCUGACCAUCCGAGACUCCGCGUUUUGGACUUAUUUGGUGAACUAGAAAUUACUGGCUUAGAUUCUGCAGAUGCUGCCGCGGAUGUGGCUAUGAAAACAAAGCAGUCCCGAUGGAAAAAAAUAAAAGACAAACUGAGGUGUCAUUCAGAAAGGACGAGUGCUUGAAAUACGGCUGAAGGAAUUUUUCUUUCGUGUUCAAAUGCCUUAUCCUUACUUUUUAUUGACGGCUUAUUUUUGUGUUUUCAGUUUUAGGAACUGUAUUUGACGUUCGAAUAUUUUUAUUUGAAUAUAAAUUUUUAGUUAACG